CCUGUCGGCGGCGGCUGCGCGGGGUCGUGCUUCCGCUUUUCUCCGCCGGGGCGCGCGCGCUCCUCUAUCAGCCGACGCGGGAUCAUGGCGGCCACCGCCACGAUGGCGAACUCGGGGUCGGCGCGGAAGCGGCUGCUCAAAGAGGAGGACAUGACCAAAGUGGAGUUCGAGACCAGCGAGGAAGUGGACGUGACGCCCACGUUCGACACCAUGGGCCUGCGGGAGGACCUGCUGCGCGGCAUCUACGCCUACGGGUUUGAAAAGCCGUCCGCCAUCCAGCAGCGCGCCAUCAAGCAGAUAAUCAAAGGGAGAGACGUCAUCGCACAGUCUCAGUCUGGCACAGGCAAGACCGCCACCUUCAGCAUUUCCGUCCUCCAGUGUCUGGACAUCCAGGUCCGUGAGACCCAGGCUUUGAUCUUGGCCCCCACGAGAGAGCUGGCUGUGCAGAUCCAGAAGGGCCUGCUCGCGCUGGGCGACUACAUGAACGUGCAGUGCCACGCCUGCAUCGGCGGCACCAACGUGGGGGAGGACAUCCGGAAGCUGGACUACGGGCAGCACGUCGUGGCCGGCACGCCGGGACGUGUCUUCGAUAUGAUCCGGCGCAGGAGUCUGAGGACACGUGCGAUCAAGAUGUUGGUUUUGGAUGAAGCCGAUGAGAUGUUGAAUAAAGGUUUCAAAGAGCAGAUUUACGACGUGUACAGGUACCUGCCCCCGGCCACACAGGUGGUGCUCAUCAGCGCCACGCUGCCCCAUGAAAUCCUGGAGAUGACCAACAAGUUCAUGACGGACCCCAUCCGCAUCCUGGUGAAGCGUGAUGAGUUGACGCUGGAAGGCAUCAAGCAGUUUUUUGUGGCGGUGGAAAGAGAGGAGUGGAAAUUUGACACGCUGUGUGACCUCUACGACACGCUGACCAUCACGCAAGCCGUCAUCUUCUGCAACACCAAGAGGAAGGUUGACUGGCUGACGGAGAAAAUGAGAGAAGCCAACUUCACGGUGUCGUCGAUGCACGGGGACAUGCCGCAGAAGGAGCGGGAGUCCAUCAUGAAGGAGUUCCGCUCCGGCGCCAGCCGGGUGCUCAUCUCCACCGACGUCUGGGCCCGGGGCCUGGACGUCCCUCAGGUGUCCCUGAUCAUCAACUAUGACCUGCCCAACAACCGGGAGCUCUACAUCCACAGAAUUGGGCGGUCGGGGCGGUAUGGCCGGAAGGGCGUGGCCAUCAACUUUGUGAAGAACGACGACAUCCGCAUCCUGCGGGACAUCGAGCAGUACUACUCCACGCAGAUCGACGAGAUGCCCAUGAAUGUUGCCGAUCUGAUCUGAGGCAUCUGCUGCGCUGGGGACGCGUUGGCCGGCUCUGUGUCCCCUCGGGACUGUCCAGAGCAGUUUCUCCUUAAGGUGGUUAUGAUGCACAUGUGCUGGAACCUUGACCCCUCUGACCACAUUGUCCGGGCGUGGCAAUACCUGCACCUCAUGGGGAGAAGGCUGUAUGAAGGCACACUAAGUUCUUACAAAGUGGAAAACAAGUCUAUAGUAGCACCUCAAAACCCGCCCAGGAUUCAGUCUUGGGUUCUGUCUUCUUUUCUUACCUACAUGUAAAUAAUGCUUUGCUUUUGGUCUUUUUCAUUAAACAUUUUAAACUUUG